AUGAUCAAUCUUCUUUAUCCAGUUCUUGAAGCAACAGAAUAUCUUUCAGGUAGCUCAUAUCCAAUGAUCUCCAAUGUUCAUUUGACUGUUGGCAGACUUAUUUGGUAUUUUGAUCAUUUUAUUGAUGAUAGAUCAUAUUUAGAUAAAGAGUGUAUAGUUGCAGACUCUAUAUGUUACAAAUUAAAUGAAUACUGGUCUCUUUUUGAUAAAAAAAUUACAGUAGCUGCAAUUCUUAACCUAUCAUUAAAACUUAAAACAUUUUCAUCUGAAGAAAAAAUAACUGCAGCUAUUACUAAAGAACAAAAAAUCGAACAACCACCAGAAGAAAAAUUAGAUUUAUACUUUUCUUUGCCUAUAUGCCAAACUAAUCCGCUUA